GGAGUGGUAUGGCCCAGAAAACCUGGGAACUGGCCAACAACAUGCAGGAAGCGCAGAGUAUCGAUGAAAUCUACAAAUACGACAAGAAACAACAGCAAGAAAUCCUGGCGGCGAAACCCUGGACUAAGGAUCACCAUUACUUUAAAUACUGCAAAAUCUCAGCGCUGGCCCUACUGAAAAUGGUGAUGCAUGCCCGAUCAGGAGGCAACUUGGAAGUGAUGGGUUUGAUGCUUGGGAAAGUGGAUGGUGAGACCAUGAUCAUCAUGGACAGUUUCGCUUUGCCUGUAGAAGGCACUGAGACCCGAGUAAAUGCUCAGGCUGCUGCAUAUGAGUACAUGGCUGCGUACAUAGAAAAUGCCAAACAGGUUGGACGCCUUGAAAACGCAAUUGGCUGGUAUCAUAGCCACCCUGGUUACGGCUGCUGGCUCUCUGGAAUUGAUGUUAGUACACAGAUGCUUAACCAGCAGUUCCAGGAACCAUUUGUGGCUGUGGUGAUUGACCCAACCAGAACAAUAUCUGCAGGAAAAGUGAAUCUUGGCGCCUUUAGGACAUAUCCAAAGGGCUACAAACCUCCUGAUGAAGGACCUUCUGAAUACCAGACUAUCCCACUUAAUAAAAUAGAAGAUUUUGGCGUGCACUGCAAACAAUAUUAUGCCUUAGAAGUCUCAUAUUUCAAAUCCUCUUUGGAUCGUAAACUACUUGAGCUCUUGUGGAAUAAAUACUGGGUAAAUACCCUGAGUUCCUCUAGCUUGCUUACUAAUGCAGACUAUACCACUGGCCAGGUGUUUGAUUUGUCUGAAAAGUUAGAGCAGUCAGAAGCCCAGCUGGGACGAGGGAGUUUCAUGUUGGGUUUAGAAACACACGAUCGGAAAUCAGAAGACAAACUUGCCAAAGCUACUAGAGACAGCUGUAAAACAACCAUAGAAGCCAUCCACGGAUUGAUGUCUCAGGUUAUUAAGGAUAAACUGUUUAAUCAAAUUAACGUCGCUUAGGUACCACUGAGUACUUUUCCUGAAAGCGGAAAUGUGGAAAAAAACAAAGCUCCAGUAACACUUUUAAACCUGUUACCAAGACCCAGACUAGAAGACUGCGGUGCUGUGCAGAGUCCUGAGUAUUAUUAGCACUGUAAUAAAACUAUCACGUGA